CGCAGCCGCCCUAAAGGCAUGAUGGGAAGUGUGUGGCGAGCUGCGCUGGAAUCGCAAAGUGAAGCUGAACCGAAGUAUGGCAAUUCGCUAUAUGCUCCUGACGCAGAAGAAAGAUUUGCGGAAAAUACUGUCUUUUCUCCCAAAGAAUAAUUUCAGGGCUGUGCUGGACCCCUACAGCACUGCGGCCCAGCAGCGCAGCACGGGUGAUGAUCUCCACAGCGACGAGCACGUGGACGACAGGAGCCACUCAGUGGCUGAAGUGAGAAUCCUCGAGAUACGAGCCAGCAAGCUGGAGGCGCAAGUCCGUGAUCUGACUGAGAGGUGCACAAAAGCCUUGGCAGACUCUGACAUGGUUCGAAGAAGAACAAGGAAGUUUGUUGAAGAUGCCAAAGUCUUUGGCAUUCAGAGUUUCUGCCGGGACCUGGUGGAGGUGGCUGAUCUCCUGGAGCAGGCAACAAAGAAUUUCACACCCGAGGAGCUGGUGCUGGAGGACAGCCUGCUGCCGUCUAAGGAUGUGGCGCAUGCACUGGACCGGCUACAGUGCAUCUUUACCAAACACGGCCUUGAGAAAAUGACCCCCAUUGGGGGGUCAUACGACCCCUACCAGCACGAAAUCGUCUGCCACGUGGCGGCCGAGGGCGUGAAGCCUGGCAGUGUCGCCAUUGUGAAGCAGCAUGGGUAUAGUCUCCAUGGGCGGACCAUCCGGCACGCCCAUGUAGGCAUCGCCAUGGAGACACAGGAACAGUGACCUCUUUGGUCGGUUUAUCUGUAGGUGUCACUCAGCGGUGAUGCCCAAUGUGAUUUCUGAUCACGGUGGUACUGUUUCCUCACAGCUGCUUUCAGACAGUAUAUUUGAUUUAAUAUUUUUCAUGUUUUGUACAGUUUAUAAUGUAUAAAUAUUUAUUUUAGUUUGACUAGUGGUUUCAUUAUAUUUUUGCUUUAAAUUCUGAUCAAUUUUUGCAAGCUUAUAACCAUGUGGCCUGUCUUGUACUGUUAUGAUGGAUCAUGUGAUCUGGGCACCUUGUCAGAGUUCUGGUGUGUUACAUGCAGUGCUCCAAAAGCUUUACUUAGGCACUGAGUGGGAAGUGUAACUGCAUUCAGAGCCAGGAAUGAUGUGUGGUAUCAGUAUGGAAUGUACUGUGACAGACCCAGGAGCUGUGAGCUCACUGUGUGGCCGGUGCCGGAGUGGUUUGACUGACUUGUUAAUCGGCACCUUGAAUAAACUGAAGGCCUACA